CGCUAUAACCUCCGCAUGCGCCUUCCCCUCGCCACCUCUCUCUCUCUCUCUCUCUCUCUCUCCUGUGUAAACCCUAACCCUAACCCUAACACUAACCCUAGCAUAGAGGGAGAGGGAGAGGGAGAGGGAGAGGGUGCUCAACCUGUCUCUCUCUCUUUGACCGUGACCUCUCUCCCGGUGUAAUUUGAUCCCUCGAGCGAAGGAAUACGGAGCUCCGGGGAGGGAUUUGUCGAGGAAAUUUAGGGUUUCUCCCUGCGUCUUUCGACCUUGCUUUCGCUAUCUUUUGUUUUGUGUGUGCUUUAGUUCUAGUCUAAUCUCUCGUAAAUCGAGGUUUUUGAGGUUUUUUGGGUUGGAAAAUCGUGUGAUUGGGCGAAAUGUAGGCGAAAUGGGGAGGGUUUCGGCUCCGAGAUCGCCCCUUCUUGGCAAAAUUCAGCUUUUGGAGAAUUAAAAUGGCGUUUUGGGGGCUUUGUGGGUGAAAAUCUCGCUAGAAUAGCUAAAUUUGGUAGCUUAAUUAGCAAUAUUUGGAUCAGCGUAGUGCAUACUAGGGUUUCGAUCGAUGAAGAACUUGCAAUUGCAUUGCUUUAAGAACAAACCACAGAGGGGAAGCAGAUCUGAGAGGAGGCUCUCUCUCGGGGAGUAUCGGAAAGCCGUUUCGUGGUCCAAGUACUUAGUUUCGUCCGGCGCAGAGAUCAAGGGAGAGGGAGAAGAGGAAUGGAGCGCAGAUAUGUCGCAACUACUUAUCGGGACUAAGUUUGCAUCGGGGCGGCAUAGUCGAAUUUACCAUGGGAUAUAUAAGGAGAAGGAGGUGGCCAUUAAGAUGAUAAGCCAACCCGAAGAGGAUCCGACGCUUGCUGUGUUGUUGGAGCAGCAGUUCAUCUCUGAAGUUUCUUUGCUGUUUCGGCUCCGGCAUCCGAAUAUCAUCGCGUUUGUUGCAGCAUGCAAGAAACCCCCCGUCUUCUGCAUAAUCACGGAAUACAUGUCGGGCGGCUCACUUAGAAAAUACCUCCACAAGCAAGAGCCACACUCACUCCCCCUCAAGCUAGUCCUAAAACUGGCCCUCGACAUUGCUUGUGGAAUGAACUACCUCCACUCCCGGGGAAUACUUCACAGGGACCUGAAAUCAGAAAACAUACUUCUUGGGGAGGACCUUGCUGUAAAAGUAGCUGACUUUGGGAUCUCAUGCUUGGAAUCGCAGUGCGGGAGUGGGAAGGGGUUCACAAGCACUUAUAGGUGGAUGGCGCCCGAAAUGAUUAAAGAAAAGAGUCACACGAGGAAAGUCGAUGUGUAUAGUUUUGGCAUCGUUCUUUGGGAGCUCUUGACAGCUUUGAUUCCUUUCAGCGAGAUGACUCCUGAACAGGCUGCUUUUGCCGUUUCCCAGAAGAAUGCUAGGCCACCUUUGCCCGCGACUUGUCCUCCUGCACUUAGCCAUCUCAUCUCGCAGUGUUGGGCGACCAACCCAGAAAAAAGGCCUCAGUUCGAGGACAUCGUCGAGAUCCUCGAGAACUACAAGAACUGUUUCAGAAAUGACCCGGCCUUCUUCCUAUCCUACAAGCCGGUUCAACCUCAGGCUCUUCUCCGAUGCUUUCCGCGAUGCAUCACCCUAAGAAGGUCCGCAUCUCUCGAAGCAUAAUCACUUAAGUCAUGUAUGUGUAUUAUGUAGAGUGUAUCAUAUAUUCCGCAUCAUGUCGGUGUUAAUGUAUAUUCCGGCUUAAAUAAUUUAGUAGGAUUGCAUCAUUUUAGGGUUCCUUGAGCUUUAGGUAUUGACGAGAUUUAGCUAGUGGAAGUAAUGUAAAAGGAUAGUGAGCUUCUCUAAUUGUAUCUAUUCUAGCUCUUUAUAUUCAUCGCAAUUUAGUAAGGAA